AUGUGGCCAAUGGACACAGCGGGGCAGGAGCGCUUCAACAGCAUCACGUCUGCGUACUACAGAGGGGCCAAAGGGAUCGUCAUCGUGUACGACAUCACCAAACACGAGACCUUCGAGGACCUCGCCAAAUGGAUGAAGAUGAUCGACAAGUACGCCUCAGAGGACGCAGAGCUGCUGCUGGUGGGAAACAAACUGGACUGUGAGUCAGAGCGGGUCAUCUCCAAACAGCAGGGCGAGCGGUUCGCCUCCAGAAUCAGUGGGAUGCGCUUCUGUGAGUCCAGCGCUAAGGACAACUUCAACGUGGACGAGAUCUUCCUGAAGCUGGUGGAAGACGUCGUUAGCAAAAUGCCUUUGGAAAUGUCCAAUAAGGAGCUCUCCAACAGCGUCCUGUCGCUUCAGCCUGAGCCUGACGUGCCUCCCGAGCUGCCUCCUCCGCGCAUGCGCUGCUGCUGA